UUUUGGCAAUUGGGCAGAGUUCAACAUUCAUUAUUGAUAAAGCAUCACGAGUGGAAUACUAUCGAACAAAUAUGAGAGUUGCUCUGCUAGCUGUGGUGACCCUCACUACAGUGGCGGUCCUUGUCGGAGCCGCCGAUCCUGAGUGCGUCUAUCGCAAAUUACGCGGCCUGUCGCCCCACUGGCCAAACCCCACGAGCUGCUCCAGCUACUACCGCUGCUCGGGCAAGGGCAUUGCCCGGGCUGUGACCUGUCCAGCCGGUAAAGAAUACAACCCCAAGAACGGCAAGUGUGCCACCGCCGGGCGCGGACUCUGCAAGCUGAGCCUUGCCGCUCCCCUGUCCCUGUCAACCAAUCUGUGCACCGAUGAGGUGAACGGAGCAUUUUUGCCAAAAAGCGGAUACUGCGGUGAGUUCUACAUCUGCGACGAGCAACAGGCAUACGCCCAGAAGUGCGACGCAGGCAGCGUCUUCAACAACACUCUGGCAGUGUGCCUUCCGGACACCAACAAGACUUGCUGGCAGAACCUGUGCGUGGGAGAGGCCGAUGGCCUACUUCCCACCAGCGACGAUAACUGUGCCAACUACUACUCGUGCUCAGCUGGUGUGGCCACGCUGGAGAGGUGUCCACAGAAAUCGUACUUCGAUGACAGCCUCAGGGCCUGCACCCCCGACACAGACUCAGUUUGCUGGCAGAACUUCUGCGUUGGCAUGGCAGAUGGCUCUGGCGUCGCUGACAAGACCAACUGCUCCGUGUUUUACAUCUGCUCCGGCGAGACUGCCACCACCCAGUACUGCCCGGUCGGCAGCAUCUUCAAUCCCGAAGGCUGGAACUGUCAGCCCGGCACAUGCGACGACACCACCACUGUGGAGCCUGGCGAUGAUGUCACAACCACAACCGAGCCCUGCGAUGAUGUGACGACCACAACUGAACCUUGCGACGAGGUGACGACUACAACCGAACCUUGCGAUGAGGUGACGACAGUAACCGAGCCCACCGCCGACUGCGAUUGCGGCAGUAAUGUGAAGAACGGAGAUCUCGUGGCCAACGCACAGAAUUGCCGAUUGUACGACGUCUGCGUGAACGGCGUCCUGAUCUCUGGCGAUUGCGGAAAGGGAAACUUCUUCAACAGCAAGUUGAACGUGUGCCAGGUUGACUCUGAUAAUGAGUGUCCCGAUAGCUCUGAGGCCGAGUGCACGGACGGUGAGCUGCAGGUGGAUGUGCAGAACUGCGCCAAGUACUACCAGUGCAAGAACGGAGUCUGGCUGUCAGCGAGCUGCAGCAGUGGCAGCUUCUUCGACACCGCAUUAUCCGCGUGCAGGGUAGACUCGGACAACGUCUGUGUGGACUCAUCCACUGACGAGUGCAACACGAGCGAUCCGGCUGCAAGCGGCAAGAACUGCUAUAGCUACCAGACAUGCAUAAACGGCAAGUGGCAGGAGGAGGUGUGCAGCAAAGAUUACUACUUCGACCCGGUCUUGGGCAUCUGCAGACAGGACGAGGAGGGUUACUGUCCCGAAAACAAGUUACUCUUCAACUUCAUGCGACCCGAUAUCGGCAACACCAGCCUCAAUGUCAGCCGCCGCGGCAGGCGCAGUGCUGAGUCGGAUGGCAGCUGUGCUGGAGGCAUUGCCCAAGGCUCCAUUGUGUGCCAUCCCACCGACUGUGGCAAGUAUCUGCUCUGCGAGAAUGGUGAGAUGGUCGAGGGCAGCUGCGGCGUGGGAAAUGUGCUGCAGAACGGUGUCUGCGUGCCCGACACCGCCGCCACGUGCUGGGUGUGCUCCAACAAGCCCAACGGCUACCAGCUACCCACUCCCGAUGACUGCACCAGCUACGUCAGCUGCUACAACGGCCUGGCCACCCAGCACUCUUGCGCCGCUGGCGAGUGGUACAACGGAGAGGUGUGCGAGAUCGAUGUCACCGCUCAGUGCAUCAAUCCCUGCAGCUGCGCCUCUGGAGCCGUGCCCCAUCCAAUCUGCACCAAGUACUACCUCUGCACCGACGGCGUGGCCCAGGUAGUGGACUGUGCGGAGGGCGAGGCAUUCAACAAUGCCACAGGACUGUGCUCCACCGCAACGGUAUGCAACGCAAAGCUGUGUGCCACGGCUGCCGAUGCUACCACCUACCCAGUGGCUGGGGACACCAGCAGGUUCUAUCUGUGCCUCAACAAGGAGGCCACCAUCGUGUCCUGCCCGGCCAACACCGCCUUUGACGCCACCUUCGGCAUAUGCCAGGCCGUACCCAGUGCGGACUGCGAUCAGGCCACCUGCAAGGGUGCUGCUGAGGAUCUGACUUACCCAACUCUGAACUGCGACAACUCAAGCUUCUGCCUGUGCAAUGGCGGUGCUGGCUACAUCCAGUCCUGCGGCGAAGGCUACGUCUACGACGCCGUCGAUGGCAUGUGCCAAUUUACUGGACAGUGCGACCCUGCGGCAUGUGUCGGCAAUCCAGAGUACUGGGUUUCGCCUGAUUACCAGGAUCCGAACAGCUUCUGUCUUUGCCGCGUUCAACAGCCCGUGUCGGUGCCCUGCCCCAUUGGCUACACAUUCAACAGUGAGGAUCUUGUGUGUGCCCUCAUCCCACAGCCUGACCCCAGAUGCGAUCCCAAUGGUUGCUCGUGCAAGUCAGACUUUGACACGAUUCCGGCCCUGAAUACCGAUGCUGGAUUCUGUAUAUGCGUGGACAAGCUGCCAUCGUAUGACAGCUGCCCAGCCAACACAGUCUACAACCUGGAGGACAAAGCGUGUUUGGCCCCCGAGAUAACCUGCACAACUAACGCUUGUGAUGCGACGCAAUGCGACAAACUGGCAGACUACGAAACAUUCCCCGCCCCGGAUCUGUCUGGAUUCUGCUACUGCAGGGACACCUGUCCCAUCUACGAAUCCUGUCUGAACAACACGGUUUACGACACGACGCUGGCCAUCUGCACAGAGCCAGAGGAUCCCUGUGCCACUAAGCAGUGUGAUGUCAACCAAUGUGACUUGCUGCCGCCUUACGAUCCAUUCAAGCCGGAGGGCGACCUACAAGGAUUCUGCUAUUGCGAAGACGGAUUCCCAAUCUACAAUGAGUGCCCCGAGGGCGAGGUUGUUGACUGGAUUCUGAAGCUAUGCCAGGUUCCCAAGGUGGAUGCCAGCUGCACCUGCGAUGCAUCCAAGUGCACCGUGAAUAUGCCUGAUUUUGAACCAUUCCCCCCCAAAGCGGAAGACGACACCGCCGGUUUCUGCUAUUGCGAUAAUGGCGAAGUGGUCUACGAUACGUGCAGCGAGGGAAUGGUGUUCGAUGCGUCAGAACAGAUGUGCGUCAUACCCUCGGCUCCCUGCUCAGUGUGCGCGCCAGGCACUUGCGCCACAAUGGAUGACUUAUCCACCUUUAAGGCUUCGAAUACGACCGCAGGAUUCUGCUUGUGCAUGUCCGGAAGUCAGGUCUUUGUGCCAUGCGAAACGGGCCUCGCGUACGACAGCGAUAUGGGCGCCUGCCUGAGUACAUCGGCCAAAAUUGUCGCCAGUACGGCUUGUGACACGACGCAAUGCAUCAAGCGGGAUAUCUUCUCGAGGUUUUCGGCCAGAAACACGACCAGUGGCUUCUGCACUUGUGAGGAAUUCGGCGUCACCGCCUACCACAGCUGUGAGAACGGAGAGCUCUACAACGAGGCCCUGGCCGCCUGCACGGCUGAGGCAUGCGAUCCCAGCCAGUGCCGGCGUCGUGCCCAGUUUGAGCCUUUCGCGGCUAGGAACACCAGCGAGGGAUUCUGUAGCUGCAACGGAGUCGCCGUCUACCACCGCUGCGACGAGGGACACGUCUUUGACGCUGCCCUGGGCCUGUGCACACUGAAAGGUUUCAUCGGCAACAUUGCCUGCAACUUGCUGGAGUGCCAGAAGCGGGCUCGCUAUGAGCCCUUCCCGGCACACAACACAAGGUCCGGAUUCUGCUCGUGCGACGCCUCGGACGGAGUCAGUGUCACGUUCCAUUCCUGCCCCACGGGCGAGGUGUUCGACUCCGAGAUGGGAGUGUGCGCCGGGCAUGUCAUUCAGAAGCGCUCGCUGGAGGCGCAGGCAAAACUUGCCUGCUUGGUGGAUGAACUGCGCUCAGUGCCAGCGAACUGCUCCCAGUACGAGGUCUGCGUGGAGGGGCACUGGCGACGACGCACCUGCACCGAUCAGCGCUACUACAACCCGGAACAGCGGCGCUGCCUGGAGCCGAGGGACGACAUGGUCUGCGCCUAUGCGCGGGUCACCUAUCUGCCAGCCUGCACCAACAGCAGCGAGGCCCAAACGAUGUCCACCAGAAAUGGCAGCUGCCUCCAGUACUUCCGUUGCUCUGGCAGCAAGUGGCGCCUCCGUAACUGCCCCAAGCAGCACUACUACUCCUCCCUGAUGGGCUCCUGCCUGCCACUGCCGCUUGCCACCAAGGAAAACGCUAGGAACAUCUGCAAUGCGACAUUUAUUCAAAGUCCGCCAGAGGAUUGCCAGCAUCUGGCUGUGCGUCCGUCCGCGGCAGGCUGUGACAGCUUCCUCAUGUGCCUGGACAACGUGUGGUGGCGGCAACAGUGUCCACUGGGCAUGUACUUCAGCCGCGAGCGCAACUACUGUGUGCCCAACGAUGGCCAGCAGUGUCCGCAGCAUGCCACGACUUCCUGUGUUAGCGGCCAGAAACGCAGCCUGAUCGGCAGCUGCAGCAUCUAUGACCAGUGCUCGGACAGCCAGUGGGUGCGAAUGCAGUGCCUCGCGGGACAACAGUUCGAGCCGCUGCUCGGCUGCGUGCCCAGCGAUGGCAGGUGCCAGGCCAACGGCAUGCGCCGCGUCUGCCACAAUGGGGAGUUGCGGCCGCUGCCACUGAUCUCAGCUGACGGUGGCCACUGUUCGGCAUUCUUCCACUACUGCGAAGAAGAGGAGUGGCUGCUGGGCAGCUGCCUGCGUGGCCAGCAAUUCAACCCGAAACUGAACAAGUGUCAGGCCCAAGCCGAGUGCCGGGAGCAAACUCAAACUCUGACCAUGUCGGCUGCGGAGAACAGCUGUGUGGGCCAAUCGGAUGGCCUGAGCGUGCCUGAUGUCCAGGAUUGCACACGGUUCUACCUGUGCCUGCAGCAGCAGCCAGCUGUACUCCAGAGGUGUGCCUCUGGAAGCUUCUUUGACGCCGCCCAGGGAUACUGCAGACCCAACGAUGGCACCUGCCAGCUGGCCGUCUGCUCGGGCGUGGAUGAUGGCAGACUAGUGGCUCAUCCCGAGGACUGUCGCGCGUACUACAGCUGCUCCAGCCAGAACGGCACGCAACUCCACCAGUGCGAACAGGGACAGUACUUCCACAGCCUGCUCUCGCUGUGCCGCGCCGACCACGGCCAGUGCCAGAAGGAGUCGGACCCUGGGCAGGAGGAGUCCAAUGGGAGGGUGUGUGCGGGGCAGCACGGAGUGCGCUUGCCCCACGAGCUCUACUGCAACCUGUACUACGCGUGCGUGCGUGGCCUGGCGAUUCCCGUGGAGUGCCCCGCCCAGCAGCAGUACAAUCCCGUGCUGGGAGCCUGCGAGCCAGAGUCGCUGGCGCUGGAGACGUGCCAGAACGGACAGCUGGAUGGAAACAGCAGCGCCGUCUACAGCUGCGGUACCCUACAGGAGGGAAGCUACCUGGCAAAUCGCAGCGACUGCACGCGGUACUUCAUCUGUGCGGGUGGCAUAGCCGUGGCUCAGAGGUGUGCAGCGGGCAGCUUCUUCGAUCCGGAGCAGCUGCUGUGCGUGCAGGACGAUGGCUCCUGUCCGUUCGUGGAGAAUGGGGACGAUGGCGAGGAGACAAACAAUCAGCACGUGCCGCCCGAUCCGAUGGUUUGCGAGGGCAAACACGGCUACAUUCUGCCAGAUCCGGCCAACUGCAAUAACUUCUACAUCUGCGUGUCUGGGAAGCUGCGUCACGAGUGCUGCUACUCCGGAUCCUUCUUCAACGCCACGCUCCAGCAGUGCCAAGCCCUGGAGCUGCCCAGCGACGUCGACUCGCAGACAGAGCUGCCCGGAAACUCCACUCUGCGUGCGCAGAGCACACUGGAAAAGCAAUGCAGCGAUGCACCCACCACCUUUGACAGCCUGUGCAGCGUCAUUGGCAAUGGCACCUCCGUGGCGGAGCAGGGCGACUGCCGGCGCUACACCAGCUGCGAGGAUGAUGUGCCCGUGUCGCAGCGCUGCCGCAACGGGGAGAGCUUCGACAGCCUGCUGAGAAUCUGUCGCCAGAGCGACGGCACCUGCCUCAUGGAGAACGGCGAGCGGGUUGGAGUCUGCAACGGCCUGCACGGCCAGUUGGCCCGAGAUGCCAACAAUUGUCGCGGCUUCUUCGUGUGCCUGCACGGCCAGACCAUCGAAGGUAACUGCGGACAGGGUCUGUACUUUAACAAGGCGACGAGCAGCUGCGAGCUGGAUGUCCUGCAGCAAUGCAAGAUCGAUGGAGACGACACGGUAAUUGUGACCGAUACGAACUAGGUGCAGAGAACCUGCAUGUAAAUCAUUUCAAGUGUAUUUAAUUCAUUUUACGGUGGAGGCU